AUCCCAAAUGCUUGUUACACGACAGUUAGCCCUCCCCAAGAGCCUUGAAAUGCAGAGUAGUCACAACCUCCUCUAACCUACCUAAAGUGUAGUAGUUCCAUCGACGACUUGAGUAUCCCAAGAGUGUUAUAAAGACUGACGACUAACUACCACAGAACACAAACACAAACCUCAAACCUCGAACCCCAGCCACCGCCAUCAUGUGCUACGUCCUCUAUCAAAACGAGUAUACCUUCGUCUGCGGCCACAGCAUGCGCCACCUCAAAUCAGCUCGUCAACGAAGCGCCUGUCUAUACAACAACUGCUCUGCCGUAGAGUUUCAGACUUCUGUUCACGGGACUCCUUUUUCUUACCCUUGCCAACGAUGCAUCACUGAGGGAAGGUACGUGGCCAAUCCGGCCGCUGCGCCGGAAUACCGGACUGGCUGGAUCCCGCAAAUCGGCGCUCAACAGGGUCAGGACCAGGUGCAGAGACCUGCUCUAGAGCGGGAGGAUGUACCGGUGCAGCAAGCAGUACCAGUACCAGUACAGCACCAGCAAGCACCAGCACCAGUACCAGUACAACAUCAGCCAGCACCAGCGUCAGUACCUGCCCCUGCAGAGCAGGUGGUAAGCGUCAAGGAUGAGGCAGAGGAAGAAGUAGAAGGGGAACCAAAGAGGGACCUCAAAGAAGAUAUAAGGGACGACGUGCGGGUGAUACUGGAAGAGGAGAUAAAGGCCCUGAUGGGAGAAGAGGUGCAUCAGAACAUAAUAGAAGAAAUAAAAGAGAAGGUAAAGGGGAACGUCAUGAAGAAACUGAGAGAGGUACUCGUAAGGGAGGCGGAGAAGAUUUGGAACAAGGCUGGAGAGAUCUUGGAGGAGGAUGUGGCGAAGGUGGUGGAAAAGGUGAAAGAGGAGGUUAAGGAGGAGGAUGUUAUGGAGGUGGUAGAGAAGGUGGAAGAGGAGGCUGAAGAGGAGGUUAAAAAGGAGGUGGAGGAGGAGGAGGAGGAGGUCAAAGUGAAGGUUGAGUCAGAGUAGCGGCGCCCUUUAGAUCAGUCUGGUUAACUACCGGGGAGCGGCAGCGAGAAUGAGAUAGCUGGGCCGACGUGUUGUUGCUAAAGAGUGGCGGAGAGCCCGAAGUGAAUAUGAUGCGACACCAUCCUCGAGACGAUUAAAUUCUGUGCAUUGGUGUUAGCGACGUAACAGGUGCUGGACUUGUCGCUAUAAAUGGCGAUUAAUUAACCGGAGACAUGUUUUCGAUCGUGCAAUAGCUGCGAGAAAAUGCCAUGGAGCCUGUGUAUGACAUUGAAGUUGGCAUUUGUGAAGCGAAGAAAAGAAGUAAAGGAUGCAUGAUGUAGCCCGAG